CACUUUGGCAGCAAAUAAAGAGGCUUUUUAAUCUCCUGCAGUGCUAAGGCAGAAAAAGCUGAGGAACAGGCCCAGCUCUUAACCAUAAGAGUGGCAGAGCUCCAAAGGAGAUUAACUAGAAUUCCAGCUAGAUCAGCUAUGCCAAGGUUAAGGUGCUGAUUGUAAAGAAAGAGACCUUGAAGCAGGGAAAGGACAGUCAGGUUUCUGUCAAAAUCAGGCACAGCACACAUUACAGGCAGAGCAUGUGGGAGGAUUUGUUCACCAAGGAAUGGAAUCCAAAGGGCACAAUGGAAAUAAACAGAAGUGGGUAGUAGAGAUCUUCAUCAGGCAACUGAAGGCACAGCUUGUGCAGCAACCAAGAAAAGGUGGGAUGUGAAACUAGGAAGAUGUAGAUAAUGGAAAGGUUUCCAAAAGAAUUAGACAGGAAAUGCUGUUUGAAUCAAAUGAUUCAGCACAAGCCUGUGAAUUCACUUUCCUCUUCCUUUUAGCUUUCUCCUUUUGCUGAAAAAAUAAAAUUCAGGAGGACUUCCCUCCAUUUCCCUCCUUUUGCUUCUCAAUUUUUCCUCCUCUUCCUGGCACCCCCUUCCUUCUCCUGCAAUUCCUCAGCCUGGGAAUGGGAACGCUGUCUCCCACUAGGGGGCGGGGCCGGGACGGAGCGAACGGAAGUGGGCGGGCCCCUUCCUGUCGACGUGUGCCGUAAGGACGCUGUGACGUAAGAGGACAUCCGGUUCUUCUUCCAAUGCCCGAAACCGUCAGCCAGCUUUCCUCGGUUUUAGUAGCUUCUUCUGGAGUCCUGGUCCACGAGUUGGAUUUACUGCUGUCACAGGCCAGCCUCUCGCCAUUCCCUGUCCCUCGGUCCCCGGAGUGAGUCCGGCCUCCCCGCCAAAGUGAGCGAGGUCGGCCCGGAGCGCGCGCGAGAAAUAGAGGAAAAUGCCUAAAAAAAAGACUGGUGCGAGGAAGAAGGCUGAGAACCGCCGGGAACGUGAAAAACAACUAAGAGCAUCAAGAAGCACUAUAGAUUUAGCUAAACACCCAUGUAAUGCUUCAAUGGAAUGUGACAAGUGUCAGAGGAGGCAGAAGAAUAGAGCAUUUUGCUAUUUUUGUAAUUCUGUACAGAAGUUACCAAUUUGUGCACAGUGUGGGAAAACAAAGUGCAUGAUGAAGUCGUCAGAUUGUGUCAUAAAGCAUGCUGGUGUAUACAGUACUGGCCUUGCAAUGGUGGGCGCGAUAUGUGACUUCUGUGAAGCUUGGGUUUGCCAUGGUAGGAAAUGUCUCAGUACACAUGCCUGUGCCUGCCCUCUUACUGAUGCUGAGUGUGUUGAAUGUGAACGAGGUGUAUGGGACCAUGGAGGCAGAAUAUUCAGUUGUUCUUUUUGCCAUAACUUUCUCUGUGAAGAUGAUCAAUUUGAGCAUCAAGCCAGCUGCCAGGUUUUAGAGGCAGAAACAUUUAAAUGUGUUUCAUGCAAUCGGCUUGGUCAACAUUCAUGUCUCCGUUGUAAGGCUUGUUUCUGUGAUGAUCAUACAAGGAGCAAGGUGUUUAAGCAAGAAAAAGGAAAACGGCCUCCUUGCCCUAAAUGUGGACAUGAAACUCAGGAGACUAAGGAUCUUAGCAUGUCAACACGCUCCCUGAAAUUUGGCAGGCAGACUGGAGCCGAAGAGGGAGAUGGAGCAUCUGGGUAUGAUGCUUAUUGGAAGAACCUUUCAUCUGACAAGUAUGGUGAUCCUGGGUACCACGAAGAGGAGGAGGAUGAAUAUGAAGCAGAGGAUGAUGAAGAGGAAGAAGAUGAAAGCAGAAAGGAUUCAGAUACUGAGUCAUCAGAUUUGUUUACUAAUUUGAAUUUAGGAAGGACCUAUGCCAGUGGCUAUGCUCACUAUGAGGAACAAGACAACUAGGAGAGCUGCUUGCCUACUGGUGGCCAUGUGCGAGAGGAGCAGGGAUGUGUGUGGUGGAUGAAUGGUGUGUAGAUGAGGAAUUGUGUGUGGAUGUUUAAAAGUACCAUUGCUGAGCCUUGUGUGAAAGACUAGUUACACUUACUGGGCCAAGGAGUGGGGCAUAGCAUUUUUAUAGGAACCAGUAAUCAAGUUUAUGUCAUAAGAAAAAUGAAUUUCAAAUAGUAAGAUGUAUAUUGAUCCAA